CUGAUAAAAGAAAGCGACCUUCGAGUUCCUGGAGACUGCCUCGUCCCCCUGGCCAUGCGAGAGAGCAGCGCGAGAAACCGCGAGCGAGCGGGGCGAGAGGUUGAUGGGAGAGCAGCUUGUGCCUGCAUUUCCUUCCGUUCGGCUCGAGAAACUGUUCCAGGAACGCAGGAACAAGUAUGCCGAACGCAGCUGUGUGCUGGCGUCCCCUAUGCCGUCUCGAGGUCGGUUCGUACCUCAAAUUUAGACAUCAGCUUGAGAAUACCAGCAUGGAAGAAUCCCCUCUGGUUUCUAUUCGGAGUCUUGUCAUCCCUUUUCAGGCGUCGUUGAUUGGCCCAAACGCUUGAUCUUAGGUAUACCUUAGCUUGGCAGGAGUUCUGAGUUUUGUUUGUUCUGUAACUUUGAGUAAGGGAUAUUAAAAAAACCAUAACGCCUUUCAUCCGGAUAAUGAGUCUGUCGUAUUAGAUUUACCUGUCGAAAGUAGCAUGCGAGCUUGAUCCAUAAUAGGACAAUAAAUCAUGCAUUAACCAUACAAACUUAGCUAUUAAUCAUGGUGUCAGCGAGACUUCCGUGUGGUCUUUGCUCAACACGUUACCACUGGGUAUCUGAUGAUAAGUGGAUAAAGUCAAUGGUUUUCAUCUAGCCCUAUUCUGAAACAUGUUUGCUGUUGACCUUCAGCAUCAGGAGAUUUCUUUUUCUCAGGAUAAAAUUAGAAUUUUUAUGCAUGAUACACCAGAUGUAAGUUUCAGAAAGAAUAUUAGAAAAGGUAAAAUAAGUCAAAGAUGUUUUUAAAAUAAUAAUACUUUUUCUUACUUCAAACGAUAGUAUAGGUCUAGACCUGCUAACUUGCAUAAGCAUCCUCGAGAAAUUUAGUGAAGUGAUCAAUACAACCUACAAUCUAAAAGCAAGGGAAUAACAAAGGCCAACCAGUAUGAUUUAUCAAAUCAUAUAUCAUCUUUAUAUACAUGCAACCUAUUUUGUAUGUGAGUGAAAGCCAAUAGCACAACAUGAUUUAAACUUUAUAGUUAAGACUCAUGACAAUCUAAAAUUUAGAUGUUUGAUUAAUUAUUUUCCAAAUUUUAAAGAACUGCAGGUGCAUGUCGAGUGGUAGAAGGAUAACAAACUAUAUAGACUUUUGCAAUUUUUUUUAUGGAAGUUGUCUCAUAUCUCUUGGAUGAUACAGUGAUCCAUAGAAACCUUCCUAAUAUACCUGCUUAUUAGUAAGAACCACUAGGCACCAUUCUAUUGGGCUUCUACUGCCCCACAAAUUCUCUUAAUUUCCAUUCCCUGUACUCUCUAUAGCUAUAAAUGGCACUUGACUUCCCCUAAAAAAGACUUGUAUUUGCCUUCCGACAGUCUUAUUUGGGCAUAUCGGCAUCACAGUAAGAGGGCAGUUCAUAGCAUUUGUAGAUUUCAUUUACGUUACGCACAUCAACUUUUUUGGUCAAUUUUGAUGGUGAAUAUGCAAAGUUGCUCAGAGAAUAAUUUCCAUGCAACCUUGAAUAUCUGUGAGGAUUUUAAACUUCCAGAUAAUUUCCCUAUGGGGCUCAAGGUUCUUGUGGUGGAUGAUGACAACGCCUCCUUGUCACUAGCAAAGAACUUGCUUCUUUGUUGUGGAUAUGAUGUUACAACUUGCUCUCAAGCUGCAGAAGCAAUAUUUCUUCUGCAGGAAAACCAUGGAUUUGAUCUGAUAAUGACUGAUUUCUGUAUGACUGACAUGGAUGGAUUCAAGUUGUUUGAAUUAGCUGGUUUUAAUAUGCAUCUACCUAUUAUCAUGAUGUCUGCUGAUUCAAGAUUUGAGUAUGUGAUCAAAGGAUUAAACCAUGGAGCCUGUGGAUUUUUAUGUAAACCUUUACGCUUGGAAGAGAUGCAAACCAUUUGGCAGUUUGUUAUCAAAAGAAAGUGGCCCAUAAACGAAGUAUCAGAGUGUUAUGGUUUUCUAAAGGUUCAUAAUUAUGAGGGCAAUAGGUGCUCCACUGGUGGUACUGGAAAUGCUUCUACAAUGAACACUUUGACCAAUACGUUCAUGAGAAGCAAAGAAAAGAAAAAUCAAGAUAAAGAAGAUAGUGAACCUGAUAAUAUGGAGCCUCCAUCAAAGAAACAACGAUUAGCUUGGUCAUUGGAACUUCAUAAGAAGUUUGUAAAUGCUGUUAAUCUGAUUGGCAUAGACAGGGCUGUGCCCAAGAGAAUCCUAGAUGUGAUUAAUGUUCCUGGUCUAACUAGAGCAAUGGUUGCAAGUCACUUGCAGAAAUUCAGGUUACAGCUGAAGAAAUUGAAUGGAAUAGCUGAAUACAACGCUGAACUUGGAAAGUUUCUACUAUGUGCUUCCAUGAAUGCAGAUUUCUCACAACUCAGAACACUUGAUAACCAAACUCUAUCAAUCUUAAGGAAAAUUACUCCAGAAGCCCUGACUGCCUUGCAAGACAUGUCUGCAAUUAACCAAAAUAUCCAGCGGCAAGAUGCACAAGGGUCUAAUCCUGUUUUCCCCAUUCAUGGAACAUUAGAGAAAUCCACAGGAGAAUCUCCACUUAUUCCCUCCCUUCCCACUUGCAAUCUUGAAGUCGCAGGCUCUUCCAAUGCAAACAAUUUCCAAUGUUUGAAUGCUCAGUAUGAAAACAAUUUGACAGAAAUGGCACAACAGGAGCUAAAUGCUGUGGUGUCAGAAUCCUGUGAAACACUUAACCUUCAAAGUUCAGUAGCACCAAUUCGGUCAUCAAGUGUCCUUCAGGUUCAGCAGGUCAUUGAUAUGUUGGAUGAGAACUGUAUGGCUGCAUCUCUUCCAUCACCUACCACUCUACAACACAGCAUUACUCCUGUGAUUCCAAAUUCCUUUGCAACAUCAUCUGCUAACUUGCACACAGUGAACUGUCCUGCUAUGAUGAACCACUCCUCUAUGAUAGGCCACACUCAACCAAUUACAAGAAUGCUAGCUGGUGACAAUCUUGAUGAGAGUUUCAGUGCAUUUCAAUCCAAACAAUUCACCCAUUUCCAGCCAUCAACUAAUAUUGUAGCAGAAAACAUUCUUGAUACUGUGAACCAUAACACCCAUGCCUCGGGUGAAUGCAGUUCGAUCAGAGAUUAUAGCCAACUUUCAUUUCAACAAGAUAAUGCACCUAGAGUCACACCAAUAAUAACAGAUGUCCUGAAUGGCCCUUUGGACAAAAGCUUAUCCAUUCCUGGUUCAAGUUUCUCCUCUGAGCAAGUGCCAUUUCAUACUUAUGUCAGCAGUCGGUGGAGUAUUCCUGAAUAUGUAGGAUAUCCAUCAGGAUCAUUUUAUAUUGUUCCCAACUCCUGCAGCAAUGAAACAGAUAGGGUAGAUAUGAGGGAGUUGUUUGAUCAAAGGCAAUCAAGAAGUUCUGUUUCUAGUGGCGGAACCUGUUUUCUGAACCAGUUUCCAGUGGUGGAAACUGGAACACUGAGUGAUUGCUUAACCAAUGGUGACAGAUGCACUAGUCCAAAUGAAGAUGUGGAUCCACAUGAUCUUUCUGGAUAUGACAAAAUGACUUAAAUUCGACUUAUGCACCAGAAACUUUGAUUGAUUCUGUAAUUCUCCCCUUAUCUUCCAUGGAGUUGCUGAAUUAGAAGGUCAAUGAGGUCGACAGAUCGAAGUAGCUUUAUUUAGAUCCUUAUUGUUGCUCUACUACAAACUGGAUCAAGGGAUUUUAUUGUUGGCUAUGUUUCUUUCAAGGUGUUAAUUUGGAACUCUUUGAUAGCUUCAAGAACUUGUUGGCAAACUAUUCUGACUGUUUUCAGCUUGUUUGUUAAGGAAAUUGCUAUGGUUUUACUUAAGAAAUUUUCAUGCAAGUGGUUAUGAUGAUUUAAUGUG